AUGAAGACUGCUAUUUUCACUUCCGUUCUCUGCCUCUUCUCCAGCUUGGUCUCCUCUGUUGCAAUCCCUUCUGCUGAGGCCGCUGCGAUUGAAACUCGUUCAAUUGCUACUAUCUCUCCGUCUUUGUCGGUCCCAAUCUACCAAGAUUCUCCCGACUACGCUGGUGGAGCUCAGUCCUACGCCUUUGUCUCUAGGUAUAACGGAGCGCACGAUAUCAAUACUCUUAUAUCUUAUUACUUCCCCGAUGGAUACGCCGGCAAGAAAUGCAGCUUCUCUUUCUCAGCCGUCCAAGGGUUAGAUGGCAGCAAGAAAGUUCAACUCUUCACGGUCGGUGGGCGGGAUAUCACUCCAAAUGAUACCUUCAACUACCGUCCUCACCGUGACGCUUGGCUUGGCAUCUUCAACGCCGGCACUGGAGUUUUUGAUGGAGCUAUUCCUACUUUCGCUUGCCCCACCUCCGCGACUACUUUGAACUAUGAAGUUGUCCCACAGAACGACAAUGAUUACGUUUGGUGGUAUAUCUGGGCGGGUGGAUUGGUUAUUAAUGUCGAGUAA